UGUUACGGAAGCCAUGGUCGGGAAAGGUAGCCAUGUGUGAGUCGCACCAUGGCAAGUAGGGACGUCACAUAGCUCUCCCAACCAGGAUGGCAGCUGACCACGGUCACAGUUUCGCCAAAAAGAACUUCCACAAGCCCACAUACUGUCACCACUGCGCGGACGUGCUAUGGGGCAUAUUGAAGCAGGGGAGCAUCUGCGAAAUUUGCAAUUUCGCAGUGCACGAUCGAUGCAUGAAGACAGUUGUCUCCCCUUGCUCCAGUAUCGCCCCAUACCUGAUUAGGAAUCCAGUAGCUCAUUGCUGGUCUGAGCCGACUCAUCACAAACGGAAGUUCUGCAACGUCUGUCGCAAAAGAUUAGAUGAUUGCUUGUCGACACACUGUGAAAUUUGUGAGUACUUUGUCCAUCCUGAGUGCCAAGAUUUUGCAGUCGCUGAUUGUAAGGAAAAUGCCACCUACCUUCCUGGUAAAGAGCUCUCUCUUGUACACCAUGAACACCACUGGCGUGAGGGAAACUUGCCUCCAAACUCAAAGUGUGUUGUCUGCAAGAAACAGUGUGGUUCACUCGAAUGUCUUUCCGGCUUCAGGUGUGAAUGGUGCGGCAUCACAUCUCAUGCCGGGUGCCGGAGAAAUCUUCCGAGUGAGUGCCAAUUUGGCAAUCUUGAGCCAAUAUAUCUUCCACCGCAUGCUGUUAGCAUACCACGCACCGAAGUUCCGAUGGAGGCUAUAAUCGGGGUCCAAGUCAGAAGAAAGGAGGCGAUGUCUCAUGAAUUGCUUAUAGCACGAAGUAUCUCCGAAGAAUUUAGCAGUGGUGACAGUAGAUAUCAGGACAACGAAGAAUGUGUACACCCUAGGGAAAGAAAAGAGAAAGAAGAUCGUGAUGAAGAAGUAAUCAAAGUUUAUGAUGGGAACAAUUCAGUUAGACGAAGAAUAUUUAGAACGAUUACAGUGUCACGACUUGCUAGUACUGAGCAUGUCCUUACCCAAGCUCUUAGAGCAUUCCACAUCACUAAAGAUUCUUCAAAUUUUUUCUUGACGGAUCUUUAUGCAAACUACGAAAUUCCAUUGUUAGACCCUAGUCCUAUCCAGAGUUUAACAAGGAGAGAAGGAAAAAGGCCUGCAGUCUUCCUUCGUUUUAAGGAUAGUGAAUGUGGAGAGGUAAGAGUAUAUCCAGGAAAACUUCAAGUAAGCCAACCUUUUUGCACAAUUCAAGUAACUGCAAGUACAACAAUAACCGAUUUAAUCCGUGAAGCACUUAUUAAGUUUGGAUUAGUGAAUCUUAAUCCUGAUGACUUUAGACUGAGCGAAAUUUUGUUAGAUCGAGGAGUUUCAGAAAGAGUAUUGGCAACAGAUGAAAAGCCAUGGGACAUAAUGAAAGCCUUAGGUACAGAUUCGAUCCGUCAGAUGGAACUCAUGCGGUUCUACCUGCAAAUGAAAGAAGACCCGCAUGGCCCAAAUUUGGCUUUAUUUGUUGGCAACCUCCCGCAAUAUCUUGCACAGAAAAACUACGAGACCAUUCUAACUGAAUUCCUUGGAAGAGAAAAUAAGUUUUCCUCUAUUGGUCCAAUUUAUUAUGAAUACGGAUCAAUGGUAAUCGUCUAUGAAGAUGCUAAAAAGGCUGUGAAAGCAUUGUAUACACUUAGAGAAUCUUCUCACGAAGAAAAACAACUGUUAGUUAUGCUUCUUCCAAACAUCGAACCAAGCAUGGUGCCUGUAGGAGUUCAACCGCUCUUGGUAUUUGUCAACGUUAAGUCAGGUGGCUGCCAAGGGUUGGAGUUGAUUACGAGUUUUCGUAAACUUCUCAACCCUUAUCAAGUAUUCGAUCUGGACAAUGGAGGUCCCCUCCCUGGACUGUACGUUUUUCGCCACAUCAAAGAUUACAAAAUCUUAGUUUGUGGAGGAGACGGGACAAUCGGGUGGGUCCUUCAAUGUCUUGAUAAUGUUGGACAAGAUAGCGAAUGCAGCAGUCCACCUUGUGCAAUCGUACCAUUAGGCACAGGGAACGAUCUCGCUCGAGUGUUGAGAUGGGGGCCAGGCUUCACCGGAGGCGAGGAUCCUAUAAACCUCCUCAGGGAUGUUAUAGACGCUGAAGAAAUCCGACUUGAUAGAUGGACUGUAAUCUUUCAUCCAGAGGAUAAAAGCGAAGAUAAGACUCAACAGAUUUCAAAUUCAACAGGUACAGGGUCAACAAGCGAGGAAGUAUCGACAGUUAUGGUCAUGAACAACUACUUUGGUAUAGGGAUUGAUGCAGAUCUAUGUUUAGAUUUCCACAAUGCCAGAGAAGAGAAUCCAAACAAGUUCAAUAGCAGACUCCACAACAAGGGUGUCUAUGUGAAAAUGGGUCUUCGCAAAAUCGUCGGGCGAAAAUUAUGCAAGGAUCUGCACAGGGAAGUGAAACUGGAAGUCGAUGGAAAACUAGUUGACCUCCCGCCUGUUGAAGGCAUUAUUAUACUAAACAUUUUAAGCUGGGGUUCGGGAGCAAAUCCAUGGGGCUUAGAAAAGGAAGAUCAAUUCCAAAAACCAAACCAUUGGGACGGCAUGUUGGAAGUGGUUGGAGUAACAGGGGUUGUUCACUUGGGACAAAUUCAGUCUGGUCUCAGAUCUGCAAUAAGGAUAGCACAGGGUGGUCACAUUAAAAUUCACAUACAUUCCGACAUGCCGGUUCAGGUGGAUGGUGAACCAUGGGUCCAGGCUCCAUGCGAGGUUGUUGUGCUCAAAUCUGCUGUAAAGGCAACGAUGCUGAAGAAGAUGAAAGGGAAAAUGAAGAGGCGAAAUACAGAACCAUUUAUGGCCCAGGCUACAGGGAGCAGCAGUGCUACCAUUAGCAUUCCAGUCGUCGCAGAACAGCCGGACUCCCUCAACCACAAUGAGUUCUAAAAACCUUAUCACACCAAUACAUACAUUAAUUUUAAUAAUAGUACAAUGUGUGUAUUUUAUUAUAUCAAGUUGCCUUUUCAUGUGUCUAAAUUUUUAAGUAACAACGUUAUAGUAAAACUUAUAAUAAACCUAAUGUGUUGGGUUUGGGUUUAAAUUAAAACAUCAAGGACUUUGGAAUGGACUUCAUCCUUUCUCUUUGAUAUUAAAUUUUAUUGAAACUUGUUAUUUUAAAACGGAGGUUAAAAUGUUUUAUUAUAUAAUGAAAUAGAAGAAUAACUGUGGGCACUGUAAUUACAAUGAACUUAUUACAACAAAAUAAGGUUGUUUUUACCCUUGUUGUAUACUAUAAUCUUCAAUGACUAAACAAAGACAUUUCUGGCCCAAAAAGGUGUUUUUUGCCUGCGGCAAAAUAAAUAUUUUCAUAGUCUCCAGCACAAUUAUGUUAAACAAAAUUGUGGUCAGAAUAUAAUUCGUGCGAUGCACUCAUUGUUGUGACCUGUUAUGUCUGCCAUGACCAAAGAUAAAACAUUAAAAAUACCUCAUGAUAUGUUAUAAUGAAAUUUGAAAGUACAUAUUUUAUUCUAGUCAUGUUACUGAGUGUUAAAAAAGAAAAAAGAUUGUGAUUUUUUAUAUAUAAGAAAAAUUGUUUUAUGUAUAUUUAGUACUAUUUAGAAGAUAUAAUAUAUUUUUUAUAGUAUUUAUUAGAUAAUUAAUUUGGUUUUGAAGACUAUGUUUGUUAAGAUGUGUUUGUUUAAGCUUAUGUUAACCAAAAAUGAAAGUUAAAAAGAAAGAACAAUGGUCAUAAAACACAAAUCAUGAUUUGAAAAAAAAAAAAAAAUGAAACAUCAAAGAAACGUACAAAAAAAGAAUGUGCAAUCAACUAUAGUCGGAUGAGUUGGAAAACAUUUCUAUUGGAGUCGACUUGCUUUAUACACAGUUGUACAGGUUAAUAAAUUGUAAAACCGACAAACGCAAGCCUGUCGAUUCUAAUGGAAAAGUAAAGGAGUCGCUCGGUGACUUUGUAAGCGGAUGUAAGGGGGAAGACAAGGUGUGGGUCACCGAUGUAUUCUACAUUGUUAGAGAUAUGUGAUUCCCGGUGUAUUAGAAAAGGAAGAGGUCAGUUUACUCUAAAUAAAAUAAGAAGUGCGCCUUGUAUAUAUACAUAUAUUUUUGGAGUGAGGCAUCAAAUAACAGAUGUCAGCUCACAUGGACAUUUACAUCUGUUAUGAUGAUAAAACGGCUGGCUGGUAGAAAAUGUGAGACACCAAGGGAACUAAUAAACAUAUACAUUUACAAGAUGACAAGUAAGGGUCAGAUGAGAUAAGUUAUAUUACAUUGAUUCAAUUAAAAUGUGAAAUUUUCAAGUAAAGUUAUAUUGUAAAGGAUUAUGGCCCCCUGUCAACCGCCUACAAGCACCGUUAAGUCAAGAAGAUUGCAAAGUAGUUCAUAAUACCUUUCCUGCUAAAUGUCUUAUGUCCUAUUUUUUGAGUCAUGAGGGCAUAUGUUGAGUAUCCUUGCCGGAAGUGGAAAUUCAACAUGAAAUUCCUAACCGAUCAUGCGUGUUUGGGGCUCAGUCACUCACAGACUGCUUUCUCCGGGGCAAUUUCAUCUGUGAGAGAUACACACAUUUGGUCGGUUUGUGAAACCUAAUCUAUUUUUAUUGCUUAGUAUCACUAUUGUAUUUACAAAUUUAAACAAGAGUAUAUAAAGAAAUUAAAACGCUCGAUACAAUCUUUUUCUGUAUGUUAUGGUAUCUUUUCCAUGUGCUGUGUACAAGAAAAAAUAUUAUAAACAUGUAAGAGCGUUGAAUAAAUGACACGGUUGAGUGGGGCUGGCUUGACUUCCCGAAGUGUGUCACUCACACACAUCGUCAAGUUCCACCUCAACAGUGCAUCUCUAAAAUCCAUUAUACCCUUUACUAAAUCUCUGAUUAUUAUAUGUAUAUGAUGUCAUGAUGGUAAAUAGAUAUAAAACUGUGAGUAUAUAGAAAAGUAUUAAAUGUGACUCUUGAAGAAAGCA